GUUUAUUGAAAGUUGAUGGUAUACGUAAAGUUUCCAAAUGGAAACGAAACUUUUAGGUAACUUGUCAAGAGUGUCAUCCAACCCUAAAGUAACAGCAGUCCAAUGUAUUGAUUCGGAUGGCCUUUGUAUUGCCUCUCACGGGACUGUAAAUGAUCAAACCACAGGAGUUCUCAGUAGCAUAUACAAACAUGCAGCAGGUAUUGAAGAAAGCUCCGAAUCGCCAGUGUUAGUAAUUGAGUUUGAGUCAAAGUAGGUGAUCCUUAUACAUAUAUUGUGUUGUUUCAUACCGAUAGAUCAAGUAUUUUGUGUGAAGCGUAUGGGAUUUUAACUGUUGUUCACAAGAAUCAGUGACACCGCACCAACAGUCACAUGGUGACGACUGCCUUCAGGUUUCGGAGUCCUUCGAAGUAACACUGAUUCCUCCAAAUAUAAAGCUACUCAAUAAAAUCUCGGUUAUCAUUGUAUAAAUUUCUUAAACAUGAUCAUUUACUCAUUAUGUCCAAGUUUAUUUAAAAUAUAUCCUACACUGUUAA